GCCUGCUUUUAUAUCAGUCUUACGCUCAAUAAAUCAAGUAAGAAGAAGUUCCUUAGCCUUGUGAAUGUACUACUGAGGGAUCCUCACAACCACCCUGUUGUCUGUAACUGAGCGUUACAUGUUGAGGUGCGUGGCAGAAACCGACCGGAACCGGAAACUCCUCGGCUAUUAUCAUAACAAAAAUGGAGGCGGAAUCAACACCUGCGCUUGGUCAUAAUGCCUCGCCAGGUACACAUGAAGUAACUGACAAAAGCAUGGACCCACGUACAUCGACAGUACGACCUGUCCAUACCAUGGUGCAAGAACCGUUGACAUUUCUAAAACCGAAACAGGAGCCGAGAGCUAGUGAUUGUGACUUUUCAUGUGGAGGGUUCAACAAUGGAUCCGGGACUGACACCGGUCAUUUAGACAAAGCCGGUGGUUAUUUCCCUCGUCCAGACUAUCUGCAAACUAAUGUGUAUACAGCCAAUGUUAGAAACGAUUCAGAACCGUCAGGACAUUUUACAGAAACAAAUGUCACAAUGGCGAGGAACAUACAGAAUAGUGAACAUUUCACUGGAUCCGACCUAAUGAACAGAACAAAUCAAGAAUCUCGCCUUAACAAAACAGAUCAAGGUGACAGGCAUGAUAGACGACAAAGGGACUUCCCAGUACACGAUCUUGGGAGAGUAGACAGAGUGUCAGCAAAUACAACAUUACCCUCUUCCUCAUCCCACCCAGUCUUUCCAACCCAAAGGGUAGAUCCCUACCCAGUGUACAUGUCCCCAGUAACCCCGUCAACUACAGAAGGAAUAGUAGCCAGUCAUACUACAGCACCUGUUCAUGCUUCUCAAAAUGCUUGGGAAACUGGGGCAAAAGAUACUGACUACGGCAAUAUGGGAUUCAACAAUAAUAUGCCUGAUGCCCAAAUGCAGUCGCAAAUUCAUGAACUUGCUAGUUCUUUAGUUUCAAUGGCAGACAAUAUGCAAAUUCCUACACCGACUUCAAAUUCGGUUGGAUUUCCUAUGACUUCAACAGGAGUUGGACAGGAUUCCCAGAAUGUUAUGUAUAUGACUGGUAAUGUGCCCGAUGUGAAAAAGAGGAGAGAGUUAUCAUUAAAAACUAAAGUAGACAUAAUAAACAAUGCAGAAGGAAGUGGGAAAAGUCAACGACAACUUGCGGCACAGUUCAAUAUAUGUAAAAGUCAAGUACACAAUAUACUAAAGAGAAAAGAAGAAAUAAAAGAGACGUAUGAAAUAUCACCAGGAUCAGACAGAAAGAGGCGAUUUAUAAGGACAGAAAAUGAUGAAAUAAACAUCAUGACAUUGGAGUGGUACCACCGUUUAAAACAACAAAAUGUGAAAUGUGUCACAGGAAAAAUGCUACAGUGUAAAGCAAGAGAAAUUGCUCAACAACUAGGAAAAACUGAAUUCAAAGCUUCGAAUGGAUGGCUAGAAAGCUUCAGAAAGAGACAUAAAAUUGGACCUUGUACAACUGUGAAUAGACUGAACACCCCACAGUUUGAUUUUACAUAUAGUGGUAUGGCAAAUAAUGGCUUUUUCAAGAGUGCAAUGAAUAAUCCUGAAUUGUGGAAUGUCUAUCAUUCCCAAUCUGUUCCUAAAGAGUCUAUCGAGGAUCCGAGGUCAAGUCCUCGCUCGGACGAGGAAGGAGCAGCCCAGAACUUGUACAGCUAUAAUUACAAUAUGGUGUUACAGAAUAGAAAUAACAACAAUAAUGAUGGAGAGACAGAGGAUGACAAAGUGGAUAGGCUUGAUGAUGAUUAUAAUGCAAACGAAGAUGAAAUAUACCCAUACACUGACACAAAUGACGGUGCAACACACAGGAUAGAGACAGAUAGUUUUGGGAAGCUUGAGGUGCCCUCCAACAAAUACUAUGGGGCCAACACUGCCAGGUCAUUGAUGAACUUUGACAUUGGUGGACCCAGUGAACAGAUGCCAAUUCCUGUCAUCCAUGCCUUUGGUGUACUGAAGAGGUGUGCUGCUGAAGUCAAUCAGGAGUAUGGCCUUGACCCUGUGAUAGCUAAAAAUAUCAUGAUAGCUGCUGAAGAGGUUGUGAAGGGAAAGUUGGACAGUCACUUUCCGUUGGUGGUGUGGCAGACUGGCUCAGGAACACAGACCAACAUGAAUGUUAAUGAAGUUAUCAGUAAUCGUGCCAUAGAGAUCAUGGGUGGUCAACUGGGCAGUAAAUCUCCAGUCCACCCUAAUGACCAUGUCAACAUGAGCCAGAGUUCCAAUGACACCUUCCCUACUGCGAUGCAUAUAGCUGUUGCCAUGGAGAUAAACCAUAGACUGUUACCAGGGAUGGAAAAGCUAAGGGCUUCUCUCGCAGCCAAGUGUGAGGAGUUUACAGAGAAGAAAAUUGUUAAAAUAGGACGGACACAUUUGCAGGACGCCACCCCAUUGACACUGGGACAGGAAUUCAGUGCCUAUGUACAGCAGAUGGAGUAUGGAAUAGAGCGAGUCAAGGACACACUACCAAGACUUUAUAAACUUGCAGCAGGUGGUACAGCUGUGGGAACUGGGCUAAACACUCGUAUAGGAUUUGCUGAGAGUGUAGCAGAGAAGGUUGCAUCUUACACAGGAUUACCAUUUGUAACUGCUCCAAAUAAGUUUGAGGCUUUGGCUGCCCAUGAUGCAUUGGUGGAGGUCCACGGGGCCCUUAACACAGUGGCUUGUAGUCUGAUGAAGGUCGCCAACGAUAUCAGGAUGCUUGGUUCUGGACCCCGAUGUGGUAUUGGAGAGUUGAUAUUGCCCGAGAAUGAACCAGGCAGCAGUAUUAUGCCAGGAAAGGUGAAUCCUACCCAGUGUGAAGCUGUUACCAUGGUAGCUGCCCAGGUGAUGGGUAACCAAGUGGCUGUCACAGUGGGAGGAAGUAACGGCCAUUUUGAAUUGAAUGUGUUUAAACCAAUGAUGGUGAAGAAUGUUUUACAAUCUGUGCGACUCAUCGCUGAUGCUUGUUUGUCCUUCUCCAAAAACUGCAUUGUGGGUAUUGUAGCUAACGAGGAAAAACUUGCCAAAAAUCUCAAUGAAUCCCUCAUGUUGGUGACGGCUUUAAACCCACACAUCGGAUAUGACAAUGCUUCUCAGAUCGCAAAGUUAGCCCACAAAGAAGGCUUAACUUUGAAGCAAGCAGCAUUACAACUGGAAUUGGUUCCCGAGGAUAAAUUUGAUGAGUGGGUUAGACCAGAGAAAAUGUUGGGACCAAAGUAGAUUGUUAAUGUAUUGGUGAAUCUGUAGACACCUGACACAACCAGUUCCGGAAUGGCCGAUGUAUAUAUGGGGAAAUUAUAAAUACAUGUAUGCAUAAAAGUGAUCUUUGGAAUUGGGAUUUGAAUCUCUUUAACCUUUGUUCUUGUGAUGAGUUUGACUUGAACAACAUUUGUUUUAAACAGCUGUGCAGAUCUAUAUACAUAUUUCUUAAAAGAUAUGUCAUACACUUCACUGGAAAUUUAUGUAAAUUCUUUGAUCUGUAACAUUAAAUGGAUAUUUAUCUUAGAAAUGAUUACAUAUUGAAAGGCAUGGAGACACUCUAGAAAACUAUUGUAUUCCUGGGACCCACAUUAGUAAAUGUUUGUGUAACCUUUCAAACUGUUAUGAUAUACAUUGUAAAUUAUCCUUUUCAUGCUGAUAAAGCUCUUGUUACAAAACACUUGGUAAUCUGUUGGUAGUAUUGAUUGCAUAAUUAUAUUUUUUUCAUGAAUAAUUUGAGAAUAUAUAUCUGCAUCUUCUACGUGUGAAUCUUUGAAUAAAGUUCAAUCAAUUUCUUUAUGUUCUGAACAUAAUAUCAGCUGCUAUCAUUGUUCUAUAACAAUUGCGGUACUCGAACAAUCAGGUUAUAGAAUGCCAAGCAUAACACUGACAUGUGAAAAAGGUAAUUUCAACCAAAUAACUUACUGCUCAUAGUGCUUCAAAUACAAUUUGUCUGGUUCAAAUAGUGUACAACACUACGACGCUAGCUACAGUUGUUAUGUCUGUGAAAUUUGUGUCAUUCCUUGUAGCUAGGGGAGUGUGUGUCAGUUUAAAGGUCGUGUUUUGUCAGUAUUUGUAUAAAGUUUUUGUCAUUCCUUGUAGCCGAGAGAGAGUAUGUCAGUUUGAGGAUUGUGAUACCAUAUAUUUAUGAGUUCUAAGAGCUGGUUAUAGGAGUUUAUGUGUCAGUCUGAUGUUUGUGUUGUCUAUGAUUCUGUGAGUAUUAGUAUGAAGAUUGUGUGUCAAUUAUAAACUAACAAUAACUUAGUUUUAUGUUUUAUCUGCUUAGGUUUUGGAAGUUUAUUUACAAUGAUAGAAGUAAUCCUCAGUAAAGAGGGGUAUUCCACAGGUGAUAAUGUUUCGGAGAGGAUAUUUAGUUUGAUAACAGAGGUUCAAUCACUCUGUUUUUGUAUAUAUUGGGUGCUCAUAUUAUGACAAAUGUAUUUGGAGAGGCAUUUAAUUAUAAAGGUGACAAAUAAACUGACAACCAAAUAAAACGUUGUUAAUAAUU